UUUAGAGUCUCAGUCGGUUAUUUUGAGCAGAAAACUGCUGUGAAGAUGAUUCAGGUUAAACUAUUACAGCUCUCAGAGCGCUCCUCUUCCUGGUCUCAAACACACACUGAGUGUGGGUGGAACCUGCUGAAGCUGGAAGCUGAUUGGCUGCAGCCUCUUUGCCCUGACAUGUGAUUGGUGGAUCACAGCUCCAGCUUGUUUCUGUUCUCAGGAAAUGAAACUAACAGUCAGUGCUACUGAGAGCAGAAAUGGAGCAGCAGGCAGUUCAGCUGGAUCGAGAGACUUUCUCCUGUUCCAUCUGUGUGGAUCUACUGAAGGAUCCGGUGACGACUCCUUGUGGACACAGCUACUGUAUGAACUGCAUUAAAAACUUCUGGGAAGAUGGUGAGAAAAAGGAAAACUACCACUGUCCUCAGUGCAGGAAAACCUUCACACAGAGGCCUGACCUGCAGAAAAACACCAUGCUAGCAGCUUUAGUGGAGCAGCUGAAGAAGACUGGACUCCAAGCUGCUCCUGCUGACCACUGUAAUGCUGGACCUGAAGAUGUGGCCUGUGAUUCCUGCACWGGAAGAAAACUGAAAGCCAUCAAGUCCUGUUUAGUCUGUCUGGCCUCUUUCUGUGAGAAACACCUUCAGCCUCAUUAUGAUGUGGCUCCAUUAAAGAAACACAAGCUGGUGGAGCCGUCYAAGAACCUCCAGGAGAACAUCUGCUCUAAGCAUGAUGAGGUGAUGAAGAUGUUCUGCCGCACUGAUCAGAGGCGUAUCUGUUAUCUCUGCUGCGUGGAUGAACAUAAAGGCCAUGAAACAGUGUCAGCUGCAGAGUUUAUCUGGAGGGAGCAGCCGACACUCCAGGGCCAGAGUGAUAGCCAGGAAUGGUUGUUCCUCCAUGAAGCCUUUGGCUCCUGUUCUGCCAGAAUUAUCGGCAGCCUGGUCCAAACCCUCGAGGCCCCGUGGAGAUUACCCAUUGGUGGCCCCAGUUCCAGAACCUCCUCGCUUUUACAAACCUUCAUCAAAGCUCCCGGUCGGCAGCUCCCUCCUGGAUCCAAGGAGAACAAGUUCCUCCACUUAUCCUCCGCCUCUCCUCACCUCCAGCCCCGGAACCACAAUAGCCUCCCCCGGUCCAGUUCAUCCAUCUACAAAUAA